AUGAGCAAUUUGUACGCUUUACAGAGAAAUCACACUCUGAAUAUAACUUGUGAUAAAAUUAGAGUGUACAUUGCAAUACUGCUACUUACAGGAUAUUUGACUCCAAAGUAUAUGAGAAUGUUAUGGGUAGUAAAAAGUGACACGCACAAUGACCUAGUAGCAUCUAGCAUAAGGCGGAAUAGAUUUUUCGAAAUUCAGCAAUAUCUUCAUCUUUCUGACAGUACAUCCUUGCCGCCUAACGACAAAUUUGCUAAAGUUGGAGAAUAUUUUACAAAACUGAAUGUAAAUUUCACUGCACAUUUCAAAAAAGCAAGUUCUUCACACAUUUCCAUAGACGAAACUAUAGUACCAUACUUAGGAAGGCACGGUACCAAACAACAUAUCCACGGAAAACCGAUAAGGUUCGGUUACAAGCUCUGGUCAGCUGCUAAGCGCCAUGGAUAUUUAGUAAAUUGUGAGCCAUAUCAGGGCGCGUCCGGCCCUGGCCUCAAUAUGCAAUCCGACUUAGGCCUAGGAGCUGCUGUUAUUUUAAAACUCCAUUCAAGAUUACCAGAAGAGUUAGGACCGUACAACUUAUACUUUGAUCAUUUUUUCACUGGUUUGCCUCUUCUCAAAUAUUUGCGAGAGCAGAAAGUUGGGGGUACGGGUACUGUUCGGGAAAACCGGUUAGAGAAUUGUAAUUUGCCAAACUCAUGA